GACCGAAUCGCGGGCGCGGCCGGGCGAGCGAGCUGCCACGUCAGCGCGACGGUGAUCUUCCCCCGGUAACGCCGCCUCCUCGCCCAACCCGGCCUAGGGCGGACGAUUAAAAUUAACCUAACACCGGGUUAAAGCCUCCGCGCUCCGCCCCCCGGAAUCGGACCAAAGCCGGGCAUACGCCCCCAAGUCCAAAAGCCCUCUCCGCCCCGCUCUCCCACUCGUAGGUGUUCUCCCCGUCUCCGCCCGCACUCGCUCGUCCGCGCGCAGGAAGGUUGACCUGUCGAGGGCCGGCGAACCCGAGUGAAAAUGGAUGGAAGUAGUAAAGGGAGUGGGCAUUCUGAAGCAUUAAGGAACUACAACCUGGGAAGAACUUUAGGUAUCGGUACAUUUGGAAAAGUGAAGAUUGCAGAGCAUAAGCUUACUGGACAUAGGGUUGCUAUAAAGAUCAUCAACUGCCGCCAAAUGAGAAAUAUGGAAAUGGAAGAGAAAGCAAAGAGAGAAUUCAAGAUAUUGAAGUUGUUCAUUCACCCCCAUAUCAUUCGGCUUUAUGAGGUCAUAUACACACCUACAGAUAUAUAUGUUGUGAUGGAAUAUUGUAAGUAUGGCGAGUUAUUUGAUUACAUUGUUGAGAAAGGCAGAUUACAGGAAGAUGAAGCUCGUCGAAUCUUCCAGCAGAUCAUAUCUGGCGUCGAAUACUGCCAUAGAAACAUGGUUGUCCACCGUGACCUAAAGCCGGAAAACUUGUUACUUGAUUCAAAGUAUAAUGUAAAACUUGCGGAUUUUGGUCUGAGCAAUGUCAUGCAUGAUGGCCAUUUUCUGAAGACUAGCUGUGGGAGUCCGAACUAUGCUGCUCCAGAGGUAAUAUCUGGUAAACUAUAUGCUGGACCUGAGGUCGAUGUAUGGAGUUGUGGGGUGAUUCUUUAUGCUCUUCUUUGUGGAACUCUUCCAUUUGAUGAUGAGAAUAUUCCCAAUCUGUUCAAAAAAAUUAAGGGAGGUAUCUACACACUUCCAAGUCAUUUGUCUGCUUUGGCCAGGGAUUUGAUCCCACGAAUGCUUGUUGUUGAGCCUAUGAAGAGAAUCACAAUUAGGGAAAUUCGGGAGCAUCAAUGGUUCCAGAUUCGCCUUCCACGUUACUUGGCAGUGCCUCCACCAGAUACGACACAACAAGCCAAAAUGAUUGAUGAAGAUACACUUCGAGAUGUUGUUAAUAUGGGAUUUAACAAGAACCAUGUGUGUGAAUCACUGUGCAGCAGACUUCAAAAUGAGGCAACUGUUGCAUAUUAUUUACUAUUGGACAAUCGGUUUAGAGCAACUAGUGGCUAUCUUGGGGCAGAUUAUCAAGAAUCAAUGGACAGGAAUUUAAAUCAGCUGGCGUCAUCUGAAUCAUCUAGUUCUGGUACGAGGAAUUAUGUUCCAGGAAGCAGUGAUCCUCAUAGCAGUGGUUUGCGGCCAUAUUAUCCUGUUGAAAGAAAAUGGGCGCUUGGACUUCAGUCUCGGGCCCACCCUCGUGAAAUAAUGGUUGAGGUCUUAAAAGCACUUCAAGAAUUAAACGUCAGAUGGAAGAAGAAUGGGCACUACAACGUGAAAUGCAGAUGGUGCCCAGGGUUUCCUGAAGUUAAUGACACGUUAGAUGCCAGCAACAGCUUUCUUGGUGACUCUACCAUCAUGGAUAAUGAUGAUGCUAAUGGGAGGCUACCUACUGUGAUCAAGUUUGAAUUCCAGCUUUACAAGACGAAGGACGACAAGUACCUCUUAGAUAUGCAGAGAGUUACUGGACCUCAGCUGCUCUUCCUUGACUUCUGUGCGGCCUUCCUUACCAAGCUUAGGGUUCUAUAGUGGUCUACCAUGUGCAAAUUUUCACUGUGGUGAUGAAUAACCGAAAGCAUGUAAAUAGGAACCUUGUUCUCGUCUUUUGGACAACGAACAUGUUUGAGUGACUGGUCUUGUGUUGAGCGCGUAAAGGUCAUGUAUACUUAGGUUAGUACUAUUUUCGUUCUUAAAUAUUUGUCGUCUGCUAGUGAUAGUUCAUUUUUGAACUAAAACGUUACGAAUAAAAAAAGAGUAUAUUACUGUCUGCAUGGACAUGGCUGUUUCAGUAGGCCGUGGCACCGCAGAUGGCGAUGCUCACUGCAACCUAUUAUGAAAAAAAAUGCAAGAUUCAACUUUUGUUCAA